GAGUGACAGGAAGUCUGCCUGAGGCGAAAUACUGCUUUUGAGCAGUAUUGACGCCGAAUUGAGGGAACAAGCUUUGCCAGAUCGGGAAAUCCGUUGUAUUUGCCCUUGAUACAGCCCAAAGUUUAUUUUUGAGAUUGCUUGCUACGCUGCUGUCCGAAUGUACGAAGGUUGAGUUCUUAACAGCAUUCCCCAAGCCUGUACCGGCGGUGGGGGGAAAGCAAUGUCAAAUAAUUUUGGAAUGAUUGCUAAGAAAACUAAAUACUCCAACGCAUUAAGUAAUCCUAAACGGAAAUCUAAUUGGAGACUAUUUUUAGCCAAAUUCAUUUGGAAGGCGCUAAUUGGAGCAGAUGGAAUUACGCUAGUUUCUCUACACCGCCUGGAUAGCCUGUGAAUUGCCUCUCUCCUUCGGAAACAGGUGCUGCCGGGUGCAGCAUCGCAAUGGAAAGUUCAUCCCCUUGCGACACAAGAGGCUCUUAACUGCCUUGCUCUUAUUUAUUUGCGGGAUGCUACUCGAAAGACGCUGGGUGUAGCUUAUUGGAAAUACGGGGAGGACAAUACUAAGCAUUGCAUGCCUCAACUUAAAACAGCAGGCGGGGCUUAUUGUAAAGUUCUGGUUGAACUCCCCCCCCCCCCGCCAUGUUCUCUGCUGCAGCAAGCCAGUUAAUAAAGUAGACAUUGAAAUGGCAAGUUUUCGACAGGGGACGCUGCUACCUAUAUUUCUCAGCACAAUAAAAGGCGUUUUAAAAAUGAAAUCUGACUUCAGCUUAGGUUUGGAGAGUUUGGUUGCAAGCUUACUAAAUAAUGAAACUCUAUAUUUCUUUUAAAAACAUAUUUUCCAUACAGCACUGCAAGGCAUUAAUACUGUAAUGCUCGUAUCAAAAAUAACUGGAAAUCGAAUAUGGACGCAAAUUGUUCUCCAGGAACCGGUGGUCCUAUCUUUCUGCUUGCCAAAGAGUUAUCCAGAAAAUCUGGAAAAUGCUGCAGUGACCAUGGAGGCUGAGAGACUACAUGUUCUGUCCUCCCAGAAAAGACACAAUAAAAGGACCAGCUGUUCCCUCGGAGUGUCUGGCUGGAGCCAUAUGAUCUUAGCAACAUAUUUCAGAGCUGUUGCUAAACACUGACAAAGACUCUUGUGCAGCAAUGACUGUUGUAGAGGAAAAUCGGCCUUUUGCCCAACAAUUAUCCAAUGUCUACUUUACAAUACUUUCGCUUUUCUGCUUUAAACUUUUUGUAAAAAUCAGCCUUGCAAUACUCAGUCAUUUCUAUAUUGUAAAGGGGAAUCGUAAAGAGGCAGCAAGAAUAGCUGCUGAGUUUUAUGGAAUUCCUCAAGGACAAGGCUCUUGGGCAGAUCGCUCACCCCUGCAUGAAGCAGCAAGCCAAGGGCGUCUUCUUUCUCUCAAAACAUUAAUUACACAGGGAUACAAUGUAGAUGCUUUAACCAUUGAUCAAGUGACACCAUUGCACGAGGCAUGCCUUGGAGAUCAUGUAGGAUGUGCUCAGAUACUUCUCGAAGCAGGAGCAAAUGUGAAUGCCACAACUGUUGAUGGGAUAACCCCCCUAUUUAAUGCCUGCUCAAGAGGGAGUGCAUCUUGUAUACAACUUUUGUUGGAAUAUGGUGCAAAACUUCAACAGGAAACAUAUCUUCCUUCACCAACUCAUGAAGCAGCCAGCAGAGGUCACAGUGAUUGUCUAGAAUUGCUGAUUUCCUGGGGCAUAGAAGUUGAUCUAGAUGUUCCUCACUUAGGAACGCCUCUGUAUGUGGCCUGCUUUUCACAGCAGAAACAGUGUGUUCACAAACUUCUGCAUUCAGGAGCAAAUGUGCAAAAGGGAAAGUUUUUGGAAACUCCAUUGCAUGCAGCUGCAAGGUUACCUAAUACAGAAAUAGUAAACAUGCUUCUUGAGUUUGGAGCAGACGUAAAUACCAAAAAUUCAGAGUUUGAACGACCAGUAGAUGUCGCUGUUUCAAGCAGUUUGGUGGAAAAAAUACUGCUAUUACAUGAAGUUACUCCAUGUUCUCUUUGCCAGCUGUGCCGACUACAAAUCCGAAAUUAUAUAGGAAAAUCUAGAUUGCACCUUGUACCACAACUUCAGCUGCCAAACAUCUUGAAAAAUUUCUUACAGUAUCGAUAAAAUAGUGAAUUGUAUUUCAGAACUUGAAGAAAUAUUCUACAACAUGCUACAUAUGAAAAAUUAUAUGAUAGGAAACAACCUAAACAAGCUCACCUGCACAUUAAAAUCAUGCCAAACAUAAUUUGGAAUUCUUUGAAAUAGUAUUAAAAUUAAAUAUAACUGUCCAUAUUUUACAGAGCUGUACAAAUCCUUUGAAAAAAGUGUUCUGGAAUGCAAGGUAAUAUGUGCGAAGACUCCUUUUUUGAAUGAUUAAAGCAACCAAAUAUUUAAGAAGCUGCUUCCAGCCAUUUCCAUUUAUCACUGGCUAUAUAUGCAUAUGUAUGCAGACAGAGACAGCAGCAACUUUCUCCACAGCUACCUUAGCAAUUUAAAAAAUUGGGCUUUGUGCACUUCCUGGCAUGUUCCAAAGCAUGUUUUUGGAAGGACUUACACAGCCUAAUAGUUUGAAAAUGUAUUUUUUACAAUAUAGUUCUUAUUGAUUGCAUUUAAAUUUUACUUUUGUCAGUCUAAGAGCCAUGGUGAUCCAGUGGUUAGAAGGCAGUGUUGCAGGCUAUCUCACUGCUCACUCCAGGAGUUCAGUUCUCAGUGGCUCAAGGGUCACUCAGCCUUCCGUCCUUCCGAGGUUGAUAAAAUGAGAACCCAGAUUGUUGCAGGCAAUAUGCUGACUCUGUAAAACUGCUUAGAGAGGGCUAUAAAGCACUGUGAAGCAGUAUAUGUCUAAGUACUAUUGCUAUUUCCAGGAGACUAUAUAUUGCACUGCAAAUUGUAAAUUCUUUUUGAAUUGUGAUCUCUUUUCUUCAGCACUAUUUUCUUAAAAGUAUUAGAAUGGCAGUGGAGAGAAACAGAAAUGGGAUUUAAAUAAAUUAAUGCUUCCAAUCCUUUCCAUAUUUCUUCUCUGUAUAAAUUUUCUCAACUUGUGAUCCCAAAUUCACUAGGAGCUUCCCAAGAUUUGGAUGUAAUUCUAAAUUGCAACUGAAAAGGGAGGCUAUUAAGUACAAUAAGUUUGGGAGAUGAUUAUACUAAUUUCAUUUAAUAAUUUAAUUGCAAUUAUAUAUACAGGUAAUCCUCGAGAUACGACUGUAAUGGAACCUGCCCAUUUCACUCACAAGUGGUGAUGGCUGUUAAGUCAGAUGGCCUUGCUUAACAACCUUCAUCCCCUGCUCUCCCUGAUGUGGCCAUUAAAUGAACACAUGGGUUAUUAAGCAGAGGUGGGGGAGGCUUUUAGAGGCCUAGCAUAGGCCCAGACCUGCCUGCCCUGGGCCUUCCAAUGCCUCCCUUCUCCCAAUAUAUCUUGUGCUCUGCUUGCUGUCCCCUGAAGAUCUCCAUGUUUCUCAUGGUGGGGACUGAGGCUAAGGCUUGCAUCCCAGAAGUGGCCAUCAUUUUUUCCUCUGCUUUCACAAAGCCAUGGGCAAGGGACAGACCGCUUGUUUCUUAAUGCACAGCCUGACAUAUGGAGAUCUUCAAAAGCUAAGGGUGCAGUGGAUGAUGGGUAUGUGGAGAAUAGAUCCAAGGCCCAUGUUGGUCAUAAUGGUGAAUGUAGGGGGCUGCAAUGGCCAUAAUGUCUAAAUGGAGUCGUAAGUAGCUUUUUUUGGGGGGGGGGUAUCUGUCAUAACUUUGAACAGCCAUUAAGUGACUAUUCAUAUAUAGAGAGCUACCAUUAAAUUUAAAUAAAAUCAGGUAAUUCAGUUUUUGUCCUAGAUAUGCUCAUUUUCUGCUAUAUACCCCCAGCAUUUGGGCUGGUAAAGAUCAUUAUGCUCUGUAAGAAUUAGUUUAGUUGAAACAGGUUCUUGCUUCAUUUGUAAAGAAAUAAUAUGCAACUCUUAGUAGUAGGCUUUAAAUAUUGUUGUUCCUGCAGAAGCUACUUUCUUCUAUGUUCCUAUUGCAGUUGAAAGAAUGAGAAAUUAACUGCCUUUUAGUGGAUUCUUGGUCUUUUUAGAGCUAGAAUGGAAUGAUCCUACAAUGUAUUCCUGCCUUUAAAAAAAUCAUGAAAUGCUCUGUAAGUAAUAAUGUAGGUAGUGGGAAUAGGGGAGAAUAUUUUGAAAGUCUAGAAUUUGUAAAUUUUGCAUAAAAUCUAUUGUUUAGUUUAUUGUUUGAUAUAUUCUGAGUAAAGAUGAAUGACUGUCUAUGUAUUAAGUAUAUUUUCUUUUUUUCGUUCUCUAAAACUGAUGUGCAUAUAUAAAA